UUCGAGACCCGCUGUGCUCGGCGACAUGGCCGGCGGCCACCGCCUCCUGCUGGAGAACGCGCGGCAAGUGGUGGCGGUGUGCGCCCGGGGCGAGCGCUUCCUGGCGCGGGACGCGCUGCACAGACUGGUAGUGCUGGAGGGCGCCAGCCUGGUGGUGGGCACGGAUGGGUUCCUAAAAGCCAUUGGUCCCGCCGAUGCCAUCCGAGAACUGUUUGCGGAAGACACAUUCGAAGAGAGAAUUGACUGUUCUGGGAAAUGCAUCUUGCCAGGUCUCGUGGAUGCACACACACAUCCAGUGUGGGCUGGAGAAAGAGUUCACGAGUUCGCCAUGAAGUUGGCAGGAGCCACGUACAUGGAAAUCCACCAGGCUGGAGGAGGGAUCAAUUUCAUGGAGCGCACGCGCCAGGCCUCGGAGGAGGAGCUGUUCCGCUCCCUGCAGCAGCGGCUGGGGUGCAUGAUGAGGGCGGGGAGCACGCUGGUGGAGUGCAAGAGCGGCUACGGCCUCAGCCUGGAGACGGAGCUCAAGAUGCUGCGCGUGAUUGAGCGCGCCCGGCGGGAGCUGGACAGCAUCUCGGCCACGUACUGCGGGGCCCACGCAGUGCCAAAAGGAAAAACUGCUCCUGAAGCUGCUGAUGACAUCAUCCACAGCCUCCCAAAGCUGCAGGAACUUGGGAGAAACGGAGAAAUACGCGUUGACAACAUAGAUGUGUUCUGUGAGAAAGGGGUCUUCGAUCUCGAGGCCACCAGAAGGAUCCUGCAAAGUGGGAAAGACGCGGGGCUGCAGAUUAACUUUCACGGGGACGAGCUCCACCCAAUGAAGGCGGCCGAGCUCGGGGCGGAACUGGGAGCGCAGGCAGUCAGUCACCUUGAAGAAGUGAGUGAUGAGGGCAUCGAUGCCAUGGCAACAGCCCGAUGUGCUGCCAUCCUCCUGCCCACCACCGCCUACAUGCUGAGACUGAAGCAGCCUCGAGCCAGAAAGAUGUUAGACGAAGGGGUAAUAGUCGCUCUGGGCAGUGAUUUCAACCCUAAUGCAUAUUGUUUUUCAAUGCCCAUGGUCAUGCAUCUGGCCUGUGUGAACAUGAGAAUGUCCAUGCCUGAGGCCCUGGCCGCGGCCACCAUCAAUGCCGCCUAUGCCCUGGGAAGGUCUCACACUCACGGAUCUUUGGAAAUUGGCAAACAGGGCGAUCUCAUCAUCAUUAAUUCACCAGGUGCUCAUGUUUGAUUUCUUUCUAGAUGGGAGCAUUAUUACCAGUUUGGAGGCCAUCAUGAAUUAAUCGAAUAUGUUAUAGUUAAAGGAAAAGUCGUCUAUAAAAAACAAUAGGUCAGUAAAGAGAGAGCAGACUCUUUGACUAUAUAGAAAGUCCAUAGUUACAUUACAAGUUAGAAUACCUUCGCGGUUUACCAGGAUGGUGUUACUUAAAUAUGUUUCAGUGUUUUGUUAACCCACUUGAAAAACUCAAGGGAUUCACUUGUCUUAACAUGUGCACCUGGACCUAUAAACAUGUAAACUAUUUGUGAGGAUAAUCUCAAAACAUGCAACCCCUUCACAUGAAUCAUUGCAAAUAUUCCGAAGAUGAAUAACAUGAUGGCAUAUCACAGACAUGCCUUUGUGGGGAAAAGCAGAUCGGCCAAUAGGUCGACACAGCAUAAAAGUCUCAUUUAGGGCGUGCCCACUGUGGCUCAGCAGAAACCAAUCUGACUAGUAUCCACGAGGAUCUCUGGCCUCGCUCAGUGGGUUACGGAUCGAGCGUUGCCAUGAGCUGUGGUGUAGGUCUCGGACGUGGCUUGGAUUCCGCAUUUCUGUGGCUCUGGUGUAGGUUGACAGCUAUAGCUCCGAUUCGACUCUUAGCCUGGGAACAUCCAUGUGCCGCAGGUGCGGUCCUAAAAAGACAAAAGACAAAAAAAAAAAAAUUCCUAUUAUGUUUCUACUUUUCAAAUUUUAGUUCUUGGAGUCCCUGGUAGCUCAGUGGCUUAAGGAUCUGGUGGUGUCGCUGCUGUGGCUCAGGUUGGAUCCCCAGCCCAGGAAUUUCCGCAUGAUGCGAGCAUGGCCAAAACCAAGCAAACACAUUUCAGUUCUUAAAUUAUAUUUAGAGAAAAGUUGGGGAUGGUGGGAAAUCCAAGCCGUCUGCCGCAAACUAAGCUAAAGUGUAGCCAUCUGUAAUGAGCAAACAGUUUUUCUUUCCCUCGCACAGUUUGUCUUUCUAGAUGCUCUUCAAAUGUUAUCAGUUUUCCCCUGAGGAAAGGUCUUCUAUUUGCUUCUCAGUCCUUGCAACAGAGCUUCGUAGCAGAGUUCAAGGCUUGGCAUUUUAUAUACCAGUAGAGGGAUCUUCCUCCAAUGUAUGCAUUUUGACCAAAUCCACAAAUGUAAUUUUUUAAAUGGUUUUUGAGUUUUUGAUUCACCUUACAAAUGUAUUAAAUAUGUUAUCACUCUCAAUAAAUAUUUGCUGUCACUAUGA